AUGCUAAACAGUCGAAUUGCCGAGAAAGAAAAGGAAUACGUUUCUGUAUGUAAAUUAAAAGAGAUUUCUCAAGAAAUGUCAAAAAAAUUGGAACUUCUAGCUCAAAGACUGGAGACUUUAAAUGAUGGUAGUGAAGCUGUGUCAACUGUUUUAGACAAUUGGCCUUUUAUUUUUGAGUCUAUUCAAUUAGCAUCUCAGCAUACAGGAGCUCUAGUUCGAACCCCUCUUAGUGCUGAUGAGAAGCAGCCAUAA